AUGCGCACUGAGGGAAGGUGACGGUGCUGUUUUGAGGGAGACUUCGCGCGGCUGCUGCUGCCUCACAUUCCCGGGUCCGGACGGCGCUCUUUGUCGCCUCGCCGCUGCCAUGAGCUACGACCGGGCGAUCACCGUUUUUUCCCCCGAUGGGCACCUCUUCCAGGUCGAAUACGCCCAGGAGGCCGUGAAGAAAGGCUCCACCGCGGUUGGAGUACGAGGAAGAGACAUCGUUGUCCUUGGAGUGGAGAAAAAAUCAGUGGCAAAACUUCAGGAUGAGAGAACUGUCCGAAAGAUCUGUGCCCUCGACGACAACGUUUGCAUGGCUUUUGCAGGUCUCACAGCAGAUGCCAGGAUAGUUAUAAAUAGAGCUCGAGUGGAAUGUCAGAGCCACAGACUUACAGUGGAAGAUCCUGUCACUGUGGAAUAUAUUACACGAUAUAUUGCUAGCCUGAAGCAGCGGUACACCCAGAGUAAUGGCCGCAGACCUUUUGGUAUCUCUGCCCUUAUUGUAGGGUUUGACUUUGAUGGAACUCCAAGGCUAUAUCAGACUGAUCCCUCUGGCACAUACCAUGCUUGGAAGGCUAAUGCAAUUGGCAGAGGAGCAAAGUCUGUGCGGGAAUUUCUGGAGAAAAACUACACUGAUGAAGCCAUUGAAACUGAUGAUCUGACAAUUAAACUUGUUAUCAAAGCCCUUCUUGAAGUUGUACAGUCUGGUGGGAAAAAUAUUGAGCUGGCUGUUAUGAGAAGAAACCAACCUCUCAAGAUACUGAGCCCUGAUGAAAUUGAAAAAUACGUUGCUGAAAUUGAGAGAGAGAAAGAAGAGAAUGAGAAGAAGAAACAGAAGAAAACUACAACAUGAUGAAUUUCUUUAGUUUGGGUUUUUAAAUCAAUCAUGAGUCUGUAUAAAUAUGUAAGCAUUCUGUUUUCUUGUUCUGUGCCCCUUUUAAGAGGUCCACAAUAAACCAUCUGUUUUUUAAGCUUG